ACCGCCCGGACCCGUCAGUCUCGCGCAUGAUUCCAUAGUGAAAGGAAGUGUUCUUUCGCUUCGGCGCUUAAUUUUGUCGCGGAAAAAAUCAAUGGUAUUUUCAUAAACGACGAACGCUAAAACGAUCAGUUUACUUUAUCGAAGAAAUCGUAAAGACUGUCAGGUGAUAAUUAAGUAGUGCAUUAACAUAUAUAUAUAAAUCGGUCAGUGAUAAACGAUUCCAGUGUCGAAUCGCUCGUGAUCGAUUCCUUGUGUAUAUUUUGUCAAGGUGUUUUCUACGUUCUUUCGUCCGGAUAUUAUGCUACCGAUCGCGUGUGCUGCAAGAUCGUUUUGACUCGAGGGGCAGUCGACCAUAGAUCACCGACAAAAUGUUACCACAGACCCCUGACAUCAUUCCUACGACUUUAAAUCAGCAAAAAUGUGUGAAAGCGCGGGCUCUGUACGACAAUAUAGCGGAAGCUCCGGACGAGCUUGCUUUCCGAAAGGGCGACGUUCUUACGGUUCUGGAACAAAACACCGCUGGCCUCGAGGGUUGGUGGCUGUGCGCUCUGCGGGGUAGACAGGGCAUCUGUCCAGGAAAUCGAUUGAGACUUCUGGUCGGCCAAUAUGAUACAGGGGGUUGUUUGGUUGGCAGCAGGCCUGACCUAACCAUUUCCGAAGACGGCAUACAGAGGCAUGGAAAACGGCGUAGCUGGCACGUUCAACCGAACAGGGUGGUGACGCCACAGAAAUGCGGCGACGUGUACCUUUACGAUCUUCCAGCGAGCCGAGGAAGUCCUGCUCCACCCUCCAGGCACGAUUCACCCUUGAACUCGAAUAACGAGCAUUUACACAACUCAGGCCGAUACACGACGAGCAGCAGGAAUUCCGUGGACAACGGUGGCGACGUGAGCGAUUGUUACGACGUGCCACCACGAGCCAUCCCCGUGAUUCCAUCGCCUGCGAGCAGUCCGAGCCCUGCACCUUCGUGCUACGACAUCCCAAGGCCGCCUACCUCCUGCACGCCGAUCUCGAACUGCUCAGGAGGAUCGGGCGUGACGCCUCUCGAUUGCUACGACGUGCCCAGGCCUCUGCAACCCCUCACCCCAAGCAGCUCGGCGUCCAGUCUCACCAACGAUGGAUCCCUCAGCGGAUCGAAUCGAUCCAGCUUGGCUGCUCCGGAUUACGAUGUACCUAGAUCGCGUCUUCCAGCAUCCUCGUUACCGUCCCGGCACAAUACGCCCGUGCCCAAAACACCUACACCUCCACCCCCGCCGCAAACCCAGCAGAUCUACGACGUUCCAGUCAGCAAGGAGCUUCCUCUGGAGCUGGACUCCGCUUUGGAAGGCCUACAAAGGCUGCAGAGCGAGGCGUCCGCCGCGAUAGCGAGGCUAUUAGGAUUCGUCAGCCCCGUAUGGAGAACGCCUCAGCGAUUAGACGCCACGUUGAUGGAUCUUAGGCUCGCCGCCCUCAGACUCAGAACGUCUUUGCACGAUCUGGCUGAAUUUGCCGAAGGCACACUUGGGAAUGCGGGGAAAGCGCCGGACAAGGGAUUGGCCACGAAACUGCGGCCCCUGGUCAAGGCUCUCCGCGACUCCGACAAGCUCGUGCAGGAAGCGGCCACCGAGCUCGACGCGAUGGAAUGGGACGCGAGCAAGCUGUGUCGCGGGGGUGGCGAUGCCCCGACGCCGACUAACGGCCCACCUUCCACCAUUUUGCCACCGGCGCAACCGGAUCCGCUCGAUCAGCUGAUCGCGUGCGCUCGGGCGCUCACGGAAGACGUUCGUCAGGUCGCCAGUUUCAUUCAGGGUAAUUCGACGCUUCUCUUCAAACGGUCGUCGAUCAUCUCCACCGGUAGCAGUAACAAUAGCGGGGCAGGGGAGGAUUACGAUUACGUGAAACUGGACUCGAGAGAGGUGGUGGCGAAGCAACGCGAGGAGGUGAGGGCGUCCCUGCCCCAGGAGCUUCGCAGCAAUUACGAUCUGCUGGUAUCCGAAUCGGACAAUGCCACGAUUCAAAUGCCACCCACGACACCGACACCCAUGGACCCAAACGACAAACAAUUGUUGGCCUUCUACGCCGCCCAGGUGAUCACGCAUGGCAAUCACCUGACUCACGCGAUUGACGCCUUCAUGCAGACGGUCGAGCACAACCAGCCACCAAAGGUAUUCCUAGCGCAUGGAAAGUUCGUGGUGCUGAGCGCUCAUAGAUUGGUGCACAUCGGUGACACGGUGCACAGAAACGUUACUAGGAACGACGUGAAAACACGCGUGCUAGAAUGCGCAAACGCGUUGAACGAAGCGUUGAAACAGACGGUGUCGAAGACGAAACAGGCAGCUCAAUUCUUUCCAAGCGUAUCCGCCGUUCAAGAAAUGGUCGACAGUGUUGUGGACGUCUCCCACUUGGCCAAGGAUUUGAAGGUCGCGAUAAUUAAGUGCGGGGCGCAACAACCUUGAGCAUCCAAAGAUCAGGUCCUAAUCUCUGACAUAAACGAGGGGAAAAAUAAGAAAGAGGAACAAAUUUGGAUAUAUACGAGCUGAAAAAGGAUUUGUCGUUUUUAUUUUAGGAAAAGAAGCUAAUGUUGAAUUCACGACACCUCUAACAAGUUCCUUGGAUUGAUUGACAAUCCUAAUGAUCAAACAGUUACUAUUCAUUAGGAAUGUAUACGAACUGUAGUAGGAAUGAUAAAAAAAAAAAAAAAAAGGAAUAAAAAAUUUAUGUCAUAGAUUAUGUAUUCAUUACCGAUUUGGUAGAAAAGAAACAACUCAUCCGUUAGAAUAUCGCGAUGCUUAAUCAUCCAAUCAAAAAGAGAGAUAAUCGUGAAGAAAUAAUGAAGAAUGAAGUGAGUAAAUGACGGUAAAAAUUACAAUUUGAAAUUGAUAGAUUUUCUUGAAUAAAUAUGAUGAAUGUAGAUUAAAAAAAAUCCAACUUUUGGUUUGGAUGAUUACAAAAUAGAUCUGUGAGAAUAGAAAUAUGAAUUAUUGAUUGUUAAAUCAACUGGACCAGGAAAGAAAACGCCAAUUUGCUUUUUCGCUCGACUAGAAAUUACAUUCUUCCCUCUUGUUUGCAAUAAAGAGUUCUCGAGGCCUAUCGUUACUUAGAUAUACGCAACUGCCAAAGCCACAGGUAUAUAGAACGUAAGGGAAAGCUCCUUUAAAAUGAGCGUAUGUUUCUAAUGUACUCGAGAAUAUAGAGAUCGUAGACUUUUCUAGAAAACCAUGUAAUCGUGUCGUACAUUAGCUAGAGGUGUGGAAUUAAUUAAACGACGUAAAAGAUCGAUAGUAUGUGUAGAAUGCGUUCGAAAUGAUUCUCGAAACGUGUAUUGUUUGCUUGAAAACGAGAUUUAUUUCGAACUUGAUACGCAGUUGUCGUUGCCAGCGUGUUAAUUAUUGUUCUAGGUGUGUAUCAUGUGACGAAAACUUAAAAAUAAGCAAAAUAUGAAACAUUUUCAUUUGCAAGUAUGUUUACGAUAUAUUAUACUGCAACGAAAAUAUUGGUUAAUUUUAAUAAGAUUAUAUAAAAUAAAAAAGAAAACGCAAUAGCCUAAUAUUUCUUGCAAAAUGAACUGCAAAUGCCACAAGGGAUUUUUUUAUAUAUAAAAAUACUUCGUAACAGCAACGUUUAUGGCAUUAACCUUUGUACCGAAAAAUUCGAAUGCAAAAACGCUGUCUUUUUAGAGGCCAAUUUUAAACGAAUUUUAUACAAUUUUACCGCCAUGGCGCGACUUUUUCGCGUCAUAUCUUUUUAUGGGCCUUUCGAUGUAUUUGAUCAAUCGCAAACGCACAGUAAAGAGACUGCAAAAAAAAAAAAGCAUCAGAUUUGUAAACCGUUUACAAUCAUUCCAAUAAUUUAAUUCGAUUAAAAGACGUGUUCCCUUUACAGGAGCGAUACGAAAAUAAUAACUUGGAAACAAUACGAAACGAAUACGCCUUAUAUACGAUAAAUUUAUCGAUUAUCGUUGGCUAACGAUUAUAAAACUCCUACCGAUUAUAAAACUUUCAUUGCGAUCGCAGCGUUUCCUUAUCGUAGAGGUUAGUUUUAGAUUAUUCUGACGUACGCUUUAAAACUUUUAUAAUCGGCAGGAUUGCGAUUUUUAUUAAAAGAAAAUACAUAUUUAAAAAACUAAGAAUUUUUUUUUAAAUUUAAUAAUUUACAUAAACAAAUUGUAUUCUUCGAUUAUCCAUAAAAUUACAGUCUUACGUUUUAUGAAAGGUAAUCGACAACCGCAAAUUUAUAACACAGCUUUAAGAUCCAUCAUUUAAAGUAUUUACUUUAUCAUCUUUCAAAAUGCAAUUUUUUUGUGUCUUCUUUUUUAGAGA